GUGCGUGUUAUGUUUUCGCAUCUGGUUCUUUAAAGGGGCCGUGCAGAAGCGAGCCUCCCUGUUCUUCCCCUCCUCCUCCGGUGACCUCACCAACUCAGGCUGCAGCUCGGAUGAGGAGGGGAGCAGAGAGUUUGGUGAGCCCAUCUGGCGCUGAAGUGUAGGGGGGCGUUCAGGCAGCACCCGAGUGUGUCCUUGUCCCGCUGGUGCUGUGGAGACCCCGGAUAUUAUAUGUCCUUUGUGGCCUUUGCUAAAGGUUUCCUUGCGGCUGCCGCUUCCACACUUUUCCUCCGUUCCCUCUUCCGUAAGCCAUGGCCAGCGGCAGCGGCAGUAGCAGUAGUACGAGCAGCAGCGCUCUAAGCGGGCGUCUCCCGGGGUCCCGCAGCGCUAACCCACGAAAGGCCCGUAUACUCGGCUUGUUCGAUGCCAUCCAGGAUGCCGUGGGACCCCCGAAACAGGCAGCGGCCGACAGGAGGACCGUGGAGAAGACCUGGAAACUGAUGGACAAAGUGGUAAGAUUAUGCCAGAACCCAAAGCUACAGUUGAAGAACAGCCCACCUUACAUACUUGAUAUUUUACCGGAUACGUAUCAACAUUUACGACUGAUUCUGAGCAAAUAUGAUGACAACCAAAAACUGGCACAACUGAGUGAAAAUGAGUAUUUUAAAAUCUACAUCGACAGCCUAAUCAAGAAAUCCAAGCGGGCUAUGCGUCUUUUCAAAGAAGGGAAAGAGAGAAUGUAUGAGGAGCAGUCGCAGGAAAGGCGAAAUCUUACCAAACUUUCCCUAAUAUUUAGCCACAUGUUGGCAGAAAUAAAGGCAAUCUUUCCAAGUGGCCAGUUUCAAGGUGAUAAUUUCCGUAUCACAAAAGCUGAUGCUGCAGAAUUCUGGAGGAAAUUCUUUGGAGAGAGAACUAUAGUUCCAUGGAAAAUAUUCAGACAGUGCCUUCAUGAAGUUCAUCAGAUUAGCUCUGGCUUGGAAGCUAUGGCUCUCAAAUCUACAAUCGAUUUAACAUGUAAUGAUUAUAUUUCUGUGUUUGAGUUUGAUAUCUUUACAAGACUAUUUCAGCCAUGGGGCUCCAUUUUAAGGAAUUGGAACUUUUUAGCAGUUACCCAUCCUGGAUAUAUGGCAUUCCUCACAUAUGAUGAAGUAAAAGCCCGCUUACAGAAAUAUAGCCUUAAACCUGGGAGUUACAUUUUCCGACUGAGUUGCACAAGACUUGGGCAGUGGGCAAUCGGCUAUGUAACUGCUGAUGGAAACAUCUUGCAAACAAUACCUCAUAAUAAACCGUUGUUUCAAGCUCUGAUUGAUGGCAGUCGAGAGGGAUUUUAUCUUUAUCCUGAUGGAAGAAGUUAUAAUCCUGAUUUGACUGGUUUGUGUGAACCCACUCCACAUGAUCAUAUAAAAGUUACACAGGAACAAUAUGAAUUAUAUUGUGAAAUGGGAUCCACGUUUCAGCUGUGCAAAAUCUGUGCAGAAAAUGACAAAGAUGUAAAGAUUGAACCUUGUGGACACCUGAUGUGUACUUCCUGUUUAACAUCGUGGCAGGAGUCUGAUGGCCAGGGCUGUCCUUUUUGUCGCUGUGAGAUUAAAGGUACGGAGCCGAUAAUAGUUGAUCCUUUCGAUCCCAGAGAUGAAAGCCGGUGUUUCAGUUUUAGUGACAGUCUGUGUACUCCUAUGUUGGACUUUGAUGAUGAUGAUUUGAGAGAAGAAUGCUUGAUAAUGAAUCGACUAGCUGCUCUGAGAAAGAUGAAUGAACGACAGAACUCACCAGUGACGUCGCCAGGGUCUUCUCCACUCUCACAAAGGAGAAAAACACCCCCUGAACCACUGCAGAUACCCCAUCUUAAUCUUCCACCAGUGCCUCCACGAUUGGAUUUGAUUCAGAAAGGCUUAGCUCGCUCACCAUGCGCUAGUCCUACUGGGUCACCAAAGUCAUCUCCAUGUAUGGUCCGAAAACAAGAUAAACCACUUCCAGCACCACCACCUCUGUUAAGGGAGCCUCCUCCACCCCCAGAAAGACCACCCCCAAUUCCACCUGACAGCAGGACAUGUAGACAUUUACAUCAUGCAGAUAAUGUGCCUUGUAGAGACCAGUCUACACCACAUGAAGCCUGGUGCACAAGAGAUCUUUCUGGUGGCAAUCCGGCUAGUGUAUGUCGUGUAACACAUGAUGGUUCACCAAAACUCGGUGUACCUUCUAGCUCUGUUUUAAAUGGAAGGCACAGUCGAAUGAGUACUGAAGCUGGAUUUAUGCGUCAUAAACAUCAUAAACGUCGUGAAUCGCCAUUAGAAACUCUUAGGGUUUAUAAUGGUCUUUCGGGAAAUGAAGAAUACGAUGUGCCACCCCGGCUUUCACCUCCAACAAUUACUAUCCAUCCCAUUGUUAAAUGUCCUGUGUUAGUGAAUUCUGUAUCUGACAAAGUGAGAAAUUCUGCAGAGGAAGAUGACUGUGAAUAUAAAAUCCCUUCAUCACACCCUGUGUCCUCACGGCUGCCUCUUCACUGCCAUAGUAUUAAGCAUUUUCCUAGACUGUGUGAAAAUGGACAGUGUUUGUCAAAUGGGACACACAAUGGCAUAUCUGAAAUAAAAAAACUGAAACCACCAGAUCAAGGUGAUGUCAUUGCCACCAGUACUGUACCCAUCCAUUUUCCUCCAGCACGAACUUCAGCGAGAGAAAACCACCCACAUGGUUCUUCUCUUACCAGGACUCCAUCUGAUUAUGAUCUUCUGGUUCCCCAUCCAGGUGAAGAGUCUUUUGACAUUUCCCCUCCCUCGCAGCCCCCACCACCUCCCCCAGCACGCACCUGUGUCACUGAGCAUGUAAUGCCCACUGCGUUGGGAAGCAGACCGAAUUCAGACGUGGAUCUGUUCCUUCCUCAUUCGGAUCCUUGCCCAGAAGCCCCGUUACCACCAGCCCGAAGAGGACCAGGGGAAGUCAAAUCAAACAGACUUUCUCAAGAGUACGAUCAACUUCCAUCAUGUCCAGGUAAAGGCCAAGAGAAAGCAAGUAAUACUAAAGGGGAACUCCAGCUUCCAAACCAAAAUUUGAUAAUGAGGCCCACAUGACACAGAAAACCCUAAUACAUCCAUCACAGUUACCUGUUUCUUCAAAAAGUAUGAAUAAAUGCCAUUUUCUAUGCUGGUUUACAGUUCUUCUCUUUCUGCAUCAUUUGAAAUCCUGGCAGGGAAGAAGGGACUAAACACUGAUGUUACAAAUUGUAACAACUUCUCCACAGCUUACAGACAGCAUGCAGGAACCCACGUGCAUUGCACUAUGAUGUUUCUUUCCUUAUUGAAAUCACAUGUGCAGGGAAUUGUGGGGUUUGGAGGAUGCUGGCGGAGGAUAGCUGGCUGUUGUUACAAAGUAACAGGAGCAGGAGAGCUGGGGGCUAGGCUUAGGGAACUAUUGCAAACCAUUAAAAAUCAUGAAAAGUCUUCAUAUUUUUUAAUUGAUGUAUAUUGAAAAGUUGCUUGAAAUUAUGUUUACUUUUCAAAAAGCUUAAGUUAUGUUUUUGUGGAGUUCCACUUUAAAAAAUGCCUACGGCACAUUUCUAAAGAUAAUUAUUAAUCUCAGCUAAUUAUUAAUCUCAGUUUAGAAAAUGUUGUUUCUGUUGUAUUGUAUUAGCUUUCAUUGUAUGUGGGUAUACCCAGCAGAAUCUCUUGGAUUCAAAAAUUCCUAUUCCUGUGUUGAAUUGGGAGGGCAUUAUAUUCAACUGACAUACCUUUAUUGCAAUCAAAUUCUAUAUUUACUCUUGAAAGUAUUAGUGUUAUUUCUGUUUUCCACAUUUGCACACCAAUACUUCUGUUCAUAUAAAUAAAAUAAUACCAAUGUUUGCCCGAUUCAUGUUCAGAAAUAUGUGCUAAACGUGGACCUUAGCAGGACAUUCGUUAAGAGGCCACUAGACAUUUAACCAAAAGACAAACAAGUAAAUAUUCUGUAGGUACUUGUACGGUUCUCAUGAAUAAAUAAUUCUUUCAGAAUG